CUGUGGCUCUGUGGCUCUGAGGCCUGGUCAAAACGAUUUCAACGAACGAACCCAACGGAGCGCUCUCCUUUUUUUGCUGCCACGCAACUUUAUUUUUAUUUUUUUGCUGUUGAUCCAAAGAAAAUCAACAAAAACAAGCCUGCCGCAUUAUGGGUAUUGGGUAUGGAGCCUCGGACGAGCAGCUGGAGAAGCAAAUCGGUUGCGUCAAAUACACGCUCUUUUGCUUCAACAUUGUGGCCUGGAUGAUUGCCACAGCAUUGUUCGCCCUGACCGUCUGGCUGCGUGCCGAGCCGGGCUUCAAUGACUGGCUGCGCAUCCUGGAGGCGCAGUCCUUCUACAUCGGUGUGUAUGUGCUGAUCGGUGUGAGCAUCAUCAUGAUGGCGGUGAGCUUUUUGGGCUGCCUGAGCGCCCUCAUGGAGAACACCCUGGCCCUGUUCGUCUUCAUUGGCACGCAGCUGUUUGGCUUUGUGGCCCUGGUCGCUGGCUCGGCCGUCACGAUGCAGUACAGCACGAUCAACUCCAGUCUGCAGCCGCUGCUGAAUGUGUCGCUACGUCGCUUUGUGUCCACCUCGGAAUACACAUACUCCAACUAUGUGCUGACCAUGAUCCAGGAGAAUAUCGGCUGCUGCGGCGCCAGCGGUCCCUGGGACUAUUUGGACCUGCACCAGCCGCUGCCCAGCUCCUGUCGCGACACUGUCAGCGGCAAUGCCUUCUUCAAUGGCUGCGUGGAUGAGCUGACUUGGUUCUUCGAGGGCAAGACCGGUUGGAUUGUGGCCCUGGCCAUGACCCUGGCCAUGCUCAAUGUCAUCUGUGGCACAAUGAGCUUCGUUCUCGUCCAGGCCGUCAAGAAGGAGGAGGAGCAGGCCAGCAACUACCGCCGCUGAGCCUAGACACACACACAACACACACAACACACCCACACGCAUAUAUAUGUAUAAUAUACAAUGGACACUGAAAUCUGAAAUUCAACAUUUUAAUUUGCUAUUUUGUCAACAACACUAAAAAAGAAACCCAUGCGUGAGUGCUGCUGGAAAAACGCCUUUGAUAGAGUAGAAAUAUCAAUAUUAUAACUCUAUAAAUAUUUUUUUUGACUAAAUAUAAACCUAUAAUAAAAACAAAGCCCUAGUCUUGUAGCAUUAUCUUAGAUAAGGUACGUGUUUUUUUUUUGUUUUCAGACUACAUUUAAAAAAUAUGAAAAGCAAGGAAGAAACAACUGAAAGAAACAAACCGAAAAAAUACAUGUAAUUUACGUUAAAUAGGCAAUAAACAAAUACACAUAAUAUAUUAUUAAAUGGUUAUUAUAUUAACCGAUAUAAAUACGUUAUAAAACCACCAACCACACAUGCAAUUAAUUUUUAGCUGUAGACUUGGAAAAGAACGAGAGAUUAGACGCGCUGCAUAUUAGCGAGAGUAAGAGUAAGGGCGAGAUCGAGAGCGAGCAUAGUGCACAGCACGCCAUGCUGUCUGUUGAGAGAGAGAGAGAGUCGAGGCUACAGUCGUUGCGAGGGGACACGAAGCCGUACCCGACCUGGACCUACCACAAGCAGAACGAGUCGAGCUUAUUUUGUAAGAGAAAACUAAGAAAACAAACAAAUAAACAAGUGUUAGGAUAAUAACAAAGCGUCUGGCUGCUCCAAGGCUACUCUUGUCGAAUAGGUAAAUUUGUAUGACAUUUAUUGUAGUCCGUAAGCAAUCGAGGGACGCAGACGU